AUGGACAAGGUGGAGGAGGAAGUGGAGAAGGUGAAGAAGGAGUGGGACGAAACGUACAGUAAGGUGGUAGAGCAAAUAAAGGCAAUAGAGGAGUAUGGUAAAUCACCUAGAGUUACUAUUGCGGAGCCGCAGAGAGACUCGCUGCCUAGAAUGAACGGGCUCGCCCAAGACGGCUUGGCGUUGCUUAAUUCAUUGCAGUUCAAGCUCGAUCUGUUUGCCCCUCAGUUGCCCACCGACGAUCAGGUCCAGUCGGCAAAGAACUUGCUUGAGUCCUGGAAAAACCGAUCCCAAAGUUUGCGGUUGAGUAUGAGGAAUGCCAAUUUGCAAGCAAAGGCUAACAUGAGGAAAGCUGCUCAGAAAGAGAGAGAACUUCUUUUGGGAGGUGGAGAAGAGUCCACUGUUCGUCGACGGAACUUACAAACAAAGGCUGGAAUGACAUCUGCCGCAGAAAGCAUCACAGAGAGCCUUCGCCGUACUCGUCAGCUGAUGGUUCAGGAGGUGGAAAGAACUGCAGGCACACUCAUGACUUUUGAGGACUCUACUGGAGUACUACGGAAGGCUGAAAGUGAAUAUAAGGGACACCGUUCAUUGUUGAUGCGAACCAGAAACCUACUCUCCACUAUGCAACGACAAGAUGUCAUUGACAGGGUGAUACUUGUAUUAGGAAUUAUCCUGUUUUCUUGUGCUGUUCUUUAUGUGGGUUCGAAGCGUAUUGGUCUACUGACGUUGCAGAGGCAGGUCACAGCUGCCAUUAAGGCUGGUAUGGGUGGGCGAGCAGAACUCAGACCUGGAGCUGUUGAAGAUGUCGUAAAUCAUGCCCAGGUCUAUGACAAUGCAGUUCAUAAAGUGGAGGAACCUCUAGAAAGAUUGAUGCACGAUGAACUCUGA